GUGCAAUUCUUUCCCAGUGUCUGAAACUGAAACUGAAACUGAAACUGAAACCCAAAGCUUGCAGCGGCCACGGAGACGGCGACAACGGCGAGUACAACAGCUACGACGAGUGUAUCGGAGACGGCGACGAUCUCCCACUUCCUUCAUCAUCUUCGAUUUUCUGUCGGCGAGGUUUACUAUUGUUCCAGCGAGAGCGAGGUCGAGGUCGAGGUCGAGGUUCCUCUGUGCACGAAGUUGAGACUCCAUGGCUAAUGUUGCGAAGAAUGAAGAAGGCGUGGUAGAGGGUGGACAGGAAGAAGAAGAAAUUAAGACUUUCGAGGAGCUUGGUUUGGAGCCCCGCUUGAUUAGGGCAUUGACAAAAAAGGGUAUCACAAAACCAACUCCAAUCCAGCAAGUAGCCAUCCCGUUGAUUUUGGAAGGCAAGGAUGUUGUUGCAAGGGCAAAAACUGGUUCUGGAAAGACAUUUGCUUACCUCCUGCCAUUACUCCAAAAGCUCUUUUUGAAUGUUGGUUCACCAAAAACUGCUCCAAGCGCCUUGGUUCUUGUCCCUACCCGUGAACUAUGCCAUCAGGUUUAUUCUGAGGUACUAUCUCUCAUUGAGGCCUGUAGAGUUCAACUGAAAGUUGUGCAGUUAACAAGUGGCAUGCCUGUUUCUGACUUGCGUGCGGCAUUGUCUGGACCACCUGACAUUCUGGUCUCCACACCAGCUUGCAUUUCGACAUGUAUGUCAGGAGAUGUUCUUCAGCCAAAGUCCCUUCAGGAUUCACUUUCGAUCCUUGUUAUGGAUGAGGCGGACCUUCUUUUGUCAUAUGGCUAUGAAGAUGAUCUAAAAGCACUUACUCCUCAUAUCCCUCGACGUUGUCAGUCCCUUCUCAUGUCUGCGACCUCAAGCGCUGAUGUCGAGAAGUUAAAGAAGCUUGUUCUACACAAUCCGUUCAUUUUGACUCUGCCAGAAGUUGGAGAUACUAAGGAUGAUAUUAUCCCUAAAAAUGUUCAGCAAUUUUGGAUUUCAUGCAGUGCUCGUGACAAACUACUUCACAUCCUUGCUCUCCUGAAGCUGGAACUUGUUCAGAAAAAAGUUUUGAUAUUUGUCAACACAAUUGACAUGGCUUUCAGAUUGAGACUUUUCCUAGAACAGUUUGGAAUCAGAUCUGCUGUCUUAAAUGGCGAGUUACCACAGAAUUCACGUCUCCAUAUCCUUGAGGAAUUCAAUGCGGGACUCUUUGAUUAUCUUAUAGCAACUGAUGGCAGCCAAAUAAAAGAGAAGGAAGAAUUCAAGUUGGACAAUCAAGUCUCGUUAAGAAAAUCUAAAAAGCACCUCAGGCAAAAAUUAGACUCAGAAUUUGGAGUAGUGAGAGGAAUUGACUUUAAGAAUGUUUAUACGGUUAUAAAUUUUGAAAUGCCUCCAACUGCUGCUGGAUAUGUGCAUCGAAUAGGGCGUACUGGAAGAGCUUAUAAUACUGGUGCAUCGGUCUCAUUGGUUUCUCCGGAUGAGAUGGAAAUUUUUGAAGAGAUCAAAUCCAUGUUGGGAGAUUAUGAGAACCAAGACACUUCAAGCUUCAUUGCACCAUUUCCUUUACUUACUAAGAAUGCUGUGGAGUCUUUACGAUAUAGAGUUGAGGAUGUUUCGAAAAGUGUAACUAAAGUUGCAAUAAGAGAAUCACGAGCUCAGGAUCUUAGGAAUGAAAUUCUUAACUCUGAGAAGUUGAAGACUCAUUUUGAAGCUAAUCCAAGGGACUUGGAUCUACUGAAGCAUGACAAAGUGCUGAGCAAGAAACCUCCUCCUCAACACCUAAGGGCUGUGCCUGAAUACCUUUUGGACCCAACAACUCAGGAAGCCAGCAAGAUUGUUAAGCUUGCUAGAGCUGCAAUGGGAAAUAACAAAUCAGCUCAUCGACAGGGACCAAAGAGAAAAUUCAGGAAAAGUGGAGAUCCUCUCAAGACCUUUUCUGCCGAGGCACCUAAGAGAUCUAAAGGAGCCAAGAGGAGGGGAAAAGAUGGGGGUGACGAGUACCAUAAGCAGAGGAAGAAACAUUGUUUCUGAAUUUUUUCCCCCUACCUUUUUGUAGAUAUUUAAAACCUGGGGAUGUAAAACCCCAACAAUUUUGAUCUAAAUUAUUAGUUAGGAGAAAAUUUCCUUUGCCAGGCAUGAAGGAACCGUAUGGUCAUCCCCUAUCUACGAAUGGUCUAAAUUACACCCACUGUUGCACGAUAUCAUCUCAAAACCAUUCUUAAGCCUCAGUCAAUUUUCCCUUGACCAUGGAUGAAAGAAAACUCGGUCCAUGCAGUAAUAUUCACGAAUAGUUUCAUUUGAGUGGUUUCUCAGCAA